AUGAUCAUACUACUCCUCAUCUGGCUUGUGCAAUGGAUCUGGCAUUACAUCAGUGUGUACCUGAAUAAGGACCUCUACCAGCAGAGGACUCAGAUGCUGCAGGAGGGGAAUGUGGAGAAGAGUGUCAGGUCCUGGGGAGCCAUGCUCUGGACUGCCUUGCAGCAAGGGCUGAUCUGGGCCGUUGCUGGAACCCUGGUGCUGCUCUUGGCACUCUACUGGUGGCUCCGGAAAAGGGUCUGUGAGGUGGACAACAGCAGGGACUCAGAGAGUGAAGAAAGUGAGGAAGAAAAUCCUGCUGAGACGAAUAUGAUCUGUAUCUUUUCAAGACGCUUCCAGCUGUCAGUGCCAAAGCUGGCCUCCAGGAGACGGGUGGUGCAGGAGCUGCUGAAUGACCUUCUCCAAGUCUCCCAUAGUCUCUUUUCAGACAGCUUCUUCCCAGUGCUGGAACCAGUCAUUGGGGUGGGCAGUGCCUGUGAAGGAUGGAGUCCCCAUAAGGAGGAGGACGUUGUUUACUGCAUGUUUGUGCCCCUGAAGCCGCCCCAUGGCUAUGCCUUCCACCUGGAACCAGACACCACGUGGGAGAUGCCACAGACGGGAAUGCGCAUCCGCGUGGAGCUGGUGUGCACUUGCACCGGGGAGCAGCCUGACCAAAAAAUGCUGUGCUUCUUCCACAGCUCUGAGGAGGAGCUGAAGAUAAAUCAGGUGGCCAGCCUUCUACACACCCUCUGCACUGGCCCUUACCUAGAUGGGGAGAAAAUUGCCCUCUGGUUCCAGACAUUUGUGAUCUCGGCCUGGUCAGCCAUGCCUCAGUCCCGUCACUACAGAGUGAAAGUGCUCCCCUCCUCCCGCUCCUGCAAGAUGAAGCUGAUGAAAGCCUCCGGGAGAAACCUUUUUGUGGAGAUGGUAUUUAGCGUGCAGCAAGGUGACUCGGACAUCUUCCUGAGUAGCCAGCCUACAGAGGCCCAGUUCCCCCCAAGCACGACAUGGCUGGAGAGCUAUGCUGUGGCAGAGGCAAAGUUCUUCCAGCAUGUCUCCAUGCAGGCCCCUCCACACAGCUGCCACCUCAAAUGCCUGCGGCUCUGUGCUCGCCUUCUGGAGGGCUCAGGCCUUUCUAUCUAUGCCUUGAAAACCACGGUCAUGCACCUCCUGACCUUGAUCCCGCUGUCAGAAUGGCAGCACAGGUAUCUCCUGAUGCGGGUGGAUGACAUCAUGGGCUAUCUACGCUGUUGUCUAGAGGAGAAACGCCUCAAGCACUUCUUCUUUGGCAAUGAGGAUAUGCCCAAGGAGAUCUCCUUGCCCCCAGCCUUCCAAGGGGCACAGCCCCUGAACCUCUUCCAGCACCUGGCACAGGAUCCAGCUGCCCAGACUGAGGCAUUGAAGGAGUUUGAUAAGCUGCAACAUCACCUCUACUUCGGGUUCUGA